AUGGACGCUGGUUAUUGCCCGGAUGUGGCCGCGCCGAAACACUUUUCCCGCCUCGGCCCUCGAUGCCCGCCCGAUCGGCAGCCCUCCGUCCGUGACGUCACUCGGGGCGGGGCAUUAGCAUUUGAGGCUCUUUUUAAGAGACUCGCAGGGCCCGUAAAGGGCUUUAUGGACGCGUUACUGCGCGCCUGUGCGCUCGCUCCCACCCCGCCCACCCACCGCGUGUGUGAAUUUAACGAACCUUCGGUCGGUGAUCAUUAUUCACCGCCGCUCACCUCGUUAGUAUGUCCUUGUGUAUCAUUGAAGAAGUGCCUGAAAAUUUCGCUGUGCGACGAGUACAGCCUCCCGGUCGACUUCGUCAACAAACGGCGGCCGCACAGCUUCGGCGCGGGGCUCGCCAACUGGACCACCCCGAGCCCCAGCGGCGACCAGGUUGAGGUGGUCGAAGCCUACUCUGACCCGCGGGAUUCGAAGGCGUACUUGGAGCCUGGAGCGGAGGCCAGCGGGAAACUUUAUACUAGUCCAGACCGAGAUUACUCCCAACCUUACACUGAUGGGAGCGCGGAGCUGCGCGGAGGCCCGCCCGAGGACGAGGACGAGGGCGUGUACGAGGACGUGGGGCUGCCCGCGGCGCAACCUGGCGGCGACGGCGCCGACGGCGGCGGCAGCGCGCCGCUAGACCCCUCGGAGGCGUCCUCCGCCCCCAGCCCGCCCCCGCUCCCGCCGGCCCGGGCUCCCGCGCCCGCCCCACGCCCCCGCCCGCGCUCCCGCCCUCCGCCCCCUGCCCCUCCCGCGCCGGCGCCCGCCCGCGCCGCCCCGCGCCCGCCUGCCCUCGGCGCCUGCGCUCAGCCUUCGGACGGCGGCGGACGAGGACGACGAGCGAGGCGAAGGUCGAGGAGCUGGUGCUGCUGCAGCAGCCGCUGCAGCUCGCGCCGCCCGGCGCAAACCCCGUCGCCCUUACUAGCUACAGGUUAG